UUAUUAUUUGACCUCUUUGAAAAAAAUGUUGUAAUAAAAAAUAUGUCAAUCGUGACAAAUAAAAUUUUAAAUACAAAAUUUAUUCGGAAAUUUAAUACCUGUAUAUUACUUUGGAUUUAAAAAUUUUAUUGAAUUGAUUGAUUAUUAUUUUGGGAAAAAUAUAAUAAAAAUUAUGUGGUAUAAACUAUAACAAUAGCAUGUCACGCAGCCGCAGCAGAAGUGGAAGGCCUAAUGCCAACUCGAUUUGAAGCCAGAACCAAAAUAUAAUAUACAAAAAAUGUGUAGUCGGUGUGGAAGCAGCAGCCCACCACAAAGUGGAAGCCCCCGGACAGGAUAUUCGCGUAGGAACCAGCAUGCCCCGGCGCACCCGGCCACUGUGAUAGUGACUCCAGUGCCGCGCCGCUCCGUUUUCAGAGAUGCUGCUGCGGUGGCUGGAGGAGUAACCGUUGGGACGACUGUGGGCCAUUUAGCUGGAGAGGCUAUAUCAAGUUUGUUUAGCGGGCGGCGUGGAGAAGAGGUAGUGCAAGCAUUGCCUCGUAAUUACGACCCUAACGCCGAACCCUCAGGUCCUUGCGCGUACGAGAUCUCACAGUUUCUGCAGUGUGCCACCAGCCACGAUAACUUGCAGGAGUGCCAAGCCUUCAAUGAUGCACUCAGAGAAUGCAAAAAGCGUAAUAGGCUGCCAUGACUAUAACGGUUUAAAAUUUCUUAUGACAAAAUAAAAAUAAUCUAACACAAAGACG